AUGUUGGUAGACUUAAAUGUUCAUUGGCCGCAGAAUGGAUACAAUGAUACAAUUACAGAAGAAAAUUUGAAUAAUUUGAAAAUAACAUUAUCUACACUGUACACCCUAGGAUAUAGUCACAUUGCUUUAAAUUUUACAGUGAAUCAAAGCGAUAAAUUUCCAAAUAAUGUUCGUGAUAUGAAUCCGAUGCAAAUAAAUACAAGAUUCAAGGAUCUAAUGGACUCUACUGGAUUAAAAAUAUAUUCUCGAAUUACUUUGAUUAUUGAUGAUCCAUCAAGAGGUCAGUCACUGUCAAAAAUCUCCCAAGCAUUUGAUAUUGUAGCAGCAUUGCCAGUAAGUGAAAAAGGUUUAACCAUUGCCACCACUAAUUUAGACGUUGAUAUUUUGACAUUCAACUAUGGGAUUAGAUUACCAUCCAUUUUAAAACACAAAAAUAUAUGUAGCUGUGUCAAUCGUGGUGUCAAGGUGGAAAUAGUGUAUGGUUAUGCCUUAAGAGACAUUCAAUCACGUCGUCAAUUUAUUGCUAAUGUAAGAAAUGUAUUAAGAGCAUCUAGACUACGUGGUAUUGUAGUUAGUAGUGGUGCACAAUCCUCAUUAGAAUGUAGAAAUGUCCUUGGCGUAAGUAGUCUAUUGAGAACAUUGGGACUGGCUAAUGAUCAAUGUUCAAGAGCACAGGGUGAGAAUGCUUCCUUGGUAUUAUUAAACGGUAGAUUACGUAACGGAAGCUAUAAACAAGUGAUUGUCAUGGGUAGUGGAGAUGAAAACAGUCCAGACAUUGUAAAUGACACAAGACUACCUUCUUCUCAUCCCAUAGGCAAACGAAGGAUAACAAACGAACUCAACGAGGAUGAAAAUAGAGACUUUAUGAAAAGACCCAAGCCUCAAUAG